AAUUAAUUGGUGUGGCAACAAGGCGAGUUCGGUCAGUCAGGGGCUGGAGCGGGACAAAUUUUAGGGUGCUUUUAAAUGACAUUUAAGCGUGUUAAACUGUCACUAAUCGGACUAAACCGAACGCUAAAAGAGUCGUUUGGAGUUAAAAGUGUUAAAGGAGUUAAAGGAACGUGGCAAACCGAACGCAAUGACAGUCGCAACACUGGGUUGCAUUGUUGUCGAUCGAAAUAAAAAAUAUUAUUUUGCACAAAAUGGAAUCCGAAUUCGUUCAUCUGGAUUUAUUAGAUCAUUACAUGUUAAUAUCAAAUAAACUUAAAAAGAGAUUUUUAAAAAAACCAAAUGUGUCAGAAGCUUGCGAUUCCUUUAUUGACUUAGCUAAACAAUGCGAAUCACUGGAAUUAUCAGUAUAUGCUGGUUUAUGUUGGAUAGCUGCUGCAAGGUGCGAAGGGUCAUUGUUAAAUACUAUUGGAGAAACCUCAUGCUUAAUUCAAUCUGCUAGGCAGCUCCUCAAAGCCGAAGGGAUAGAUGCAGAGCUUGACUGCAAAACUGUAUAUGGAGAGUAUCUACAAGCUGGACUAAGUUGCUAUGCCCAUGCAGCUAGUAGACUUAAUGCAAACUGUACAAUUCCAAUUUGUUUGAAUCUUGAAAUUAUCGAUUUUCUGAAAAGGAUAAAUAAAAGUGAAUACAUUGAAAACUAUCUAGAAGAUGCAAUGAAAGUAUGCAAAGACAGAUGUGAUACCAGAAUUUACUGUUUAGAACUUUUUGCUUCACAUUUUAUAAAAUCUGGUGAUUAUUUAGCAGCUCUUGAAACAUUUUUUGAAAUAACAAAAAUUGUUCAAAAUUCCACUACUAAUGGUUCUAGAUUUAAUAUAUUGUUGAAAUGCGAAAUAAAUAGUGUAUUGCUAUUAUUAAUUUUGAGACCCAAUCCUCAAAAACUUUCUCAACAUUUGGCCAAAAUUUUAGAGAAAUAUACUUGGGGUGAUAUGAAUGAUGCCAGUUUGCAAGCAUGUAAAAUGACAGAAAAUGUUUUCAACCUUCUUAGGUCACUUGUAACAAUUUGCCAAUCUCUGGAUACUAGUGGGUUGGUUGAUUUAGAAACGGAUUUUUGGAGCAUAUUAUCUAAAGAGCAAAAGGAACUACUACGAAUAUUACUUAAAAUAUACGAUGUGUAAAUGUUAAAAUUAAUAUAUGUAUUAUUUAUUGACUGUUCUAUUUUUAUAUAUUUUAUGAUAAACAGUUGUUAACUUGAAUUAAAAUCACAUUUUGUUGCUGAAAUU